AUGCUCCGUCUUCAUCUCUUGGCGACCUCGGUCGUCCUCUUGUGCAACUUGCCAAACCUCAUCGCGGCUCGCCCCCUUUGGGAUAGGGCAGCUCAUUCAGCAGUCCAAGCUCGGUCCAGUAAUACCUCGAGCGUGCCUCAGACAGUGGUCCUGGACGGGCAAAGGCUGGCAGAUGCGAAAAGUAGACUACAGGAAGGGGAUGAUGACUUGCAAGAGGUCUUGGACAAUCUGUUAGUACAAGCAAACAAUUACUUGAGUCAAGGUCCCUGGACAGUGACCGAUAACGAGAAGUCUGUUCCAAAUGGUACCAUAUACGACUAUGCCUCCCAAGCCCCUUACUGGUGGCCAAACAACUGGAACAGCACAUCUACCAAUAGUACUUCGUCCAACAGCACCUCAUCCAACAACGACACAUGCCCAUACGUCCGGCGAGAUGGCGUUGUCAACCCGGAGGCUUCCGAGUACACUUCCAGACAGGACAGGGCGUCCAUGUUCACCUCCUCCUACACCCUGUCGCUUGCCUGGUAUUAUACCGACAAUUCGACUUACAGGGAACACGCGGCCAAUAUCAUCAAGACUUGGUUCCUUGACGAGUCUACGGCUAUGACUCCGCACUUGAAGCACUCUCAGAUCAUCCCUUGCGACAACGAUGGAAGAUCGAUCGGUAUUCUCGACUUCUCACAGCAAUAUACGGACGUUCUCGAUGCCGCGGCGAUACUGAGUGUAGAAUACGACGCCAGCUGGAGCAAUGCGACGGAGACAGCGUUCAAGGUAUGGAAUGGAGACUUUCUCGAAUGGUUGACGGACAGCGAUUUUGGGCAGACAGAACUGGCUGCUGAUAAUAACCAUGGGACUUAUGCGCGCCUCCAAAUUGCUGGUGUUGCCGCCUACAUUGGACAGAACGACCUUGCGAUCUCAAUGGCGGACGGGGCCAAAUCCGUCAUCGACAGUCAAUUCACAGCCAAUGGUUCUCAGCCCCUCGAGCUCUCCCGGUCACGCUCUUUCCACUAUUCGUGUUUUAAUCUGGUCGCGCACGCUCGACUUGCGGACAUAGGGUACCAGCUUGGUGUUGAUCUUUGGGGGUACGAGGGCGCCAGCGGACAGUCCAUCUUGGGCGCAAUCGACUUUAUCGUUCCUUACGCUACAGGCAGCGAAACAUGGCCGUACAACGAGAUAAACUUUGUCAAUUAUGCCGCAAGUGAUCUGAUCAAUGCGGCGUCGAACCAGGGGGACGAGACUGCCAUGGCUGCCUUGACAGAUCUCACGUAUCCGUCGAUUGGCAAUCAGUGGCCGCUAAGGCCCUCAGCGGAGCGUUUGGAUCACCUUGAUGGGUAA